AUGAACAUGAAGAUUGCCGUGGUAGUUUCAAUCGUAUUUUUGGCUCUACCAAGCAACGCUUGGCAUCUUGCUGGAACCAUUCAAUACCCAGGGCUCCGAUCUUUCGUCGGUUAUGGAAAAGUGGUACUCAGGUUUGUCCCAUAACGAUGAUUUUUAGAAAGUCGAGCUAAUUUCUGGUGGAAUGUUUGACACAAGUUGUGGAGAUACAAUUGCCCACGAAAACGGCGCAUUUGUGAUCGAUUGUCCCGCGCCGUUCAACGUGUUGGAGAUCAAGAACCUGAAGAUGUAAGCAUGUUUCAUCCACGACAAAUUUUAACCGAAUACCAUUUGCAAGAAGUCUCUGUACAACGAACCCGUUUGAUAACGAAAAAAAUCGUUUCUUGCAAGGGGCGUUGCUCUCCUGUAUUUUGCAAAUUUCAGCUUUUAGCACAUAUUUUUCAGCUUCCAUCGGUUUGCUAGCGGGGUCUGCAAAGUGCAGAUUUUCAACGGAAUUCAGCUUAACGACGGUCAAACCUUCAUGAUCAUCGACAACAACAGCGUUGACACGUGCAAAAGCUCAUGUCCCGAUGAGAUUUACUAA